AUGCCCAAGCACAACAGAGGUUCCAAUAUCAGAUGUCAGCAGAACAGUGGUCCCAUAUCUGGUGUCAGCACAGCAGUAGUCCCAAUAUCAGAAGCCAUCACAGCAGAGGUCCCAAUAUCAGAUGUCAGCACAGCAGAGGUCCCAAUAUUAGAUGUCAGCACAGCAGAGGUCCCAGUAUCAGAUGCCAGCACAGCAGAGGUCCCAAUAUCAGAUGUCAGCACAGCAGAUGUCCCAAUAUCAGAUGUCAGCACAGCAGAGGUCCCAGUAUCAGAUGUCAGCACAGCAGAGGUCACAGUAUCAGAUGUCAGCACAGCAGAGGUCCCAAUAUCAGAUGCCAGCACAACAGAGGUCAGAGUAUCAGAUGUCAGCACAGCAGAGGUCCCAAUAUCAGAUGCCAGCACAACAGAGGUCCCAAUAUCUGAUGUCAGCACAGCAGUAGUCCCAAUAUCAGAAGCCAUCACAGCAGAGGUCCCAAUAUCAGAUGUCAGCACAGAAGAGGUCCCAAUAUCAGAUGUCAGCACAGCAGAGGUCCCAAUAUUAGAUGUCAAUGUCAGCACAGCAGAGGUCCCAGUAUCAGAUGUCAGCACAGCAGAGGUCACAGUAUCAGAUGUCAGCACAGCAGAGGUCCCAAUAUCAGAUGCCAGCACAGCAGAGGUCAGAGUAUCAGAUGUCAGCACAACAGAGGUCCCAAUAUUAGAUGCCAGCACAGCAGAGGUCCCAAUAUCAGAUGCCAGCACAACAGAGGUCAGAGUAUCAGAUGUCAGCACAGCAGAGGUCCCAAUAUCAGAUGUCAGCACAGCAGAGGUCCCAGUAUCAGAUGUCAGCACAGCAGAGGUCCCAGUAUCAGAUGCCAGCACAGCAGAGGUCCCAGUAUCAGAUGUCAGCACAGCAGAGGUCCCAGUAUCAGAUGUCAGCACAGCAGAGGUCCCAAUAUCAGAUGUCAGCACAGCAGAGGUCCCAGUAUCAGAUGUCAGCACAGCAGAGGUCCCAGUAUCAGAUGUCAGCACAGCAGAGGUCCCAGUAUCAGAUGCCAGCACAGCAGAGGUCCCAAUAUCAGAUGUCAGCACAGCAGAUGUCCCAAUAUCAGAUGCCAACUUUUUAUUAACAUUGUCAAACCUGGCGCAAGCAUUAAACAUGACUGUUGAAAAGCAUGCCUCUUUAUGUUGUUAA